GUGCCGAUCCCUUACAACAACAUCGGGGAAGUGAUGGCAGACCUCUUUGCGGUGGAAGGGAACGCCGCCUCCUCCGGCCUCGCCCAGCUGGCCGCGUACAGCAUCAAUGCCUGGCAGGUCAGCCGCUUCCUGCACUCCUACGCGCUGGCUGCCCAGGACCUCCCGGCAGAGAAGCUGCAGCGUCUCCAGGAUCAGUUCUCCUCCGCCGUGGAGGACUACGAGAGGCUCCUGGCCCAGGCUGGCCCUCUGGCACUGUCCGAGGUGGAGCUCCUGCGGAGCCGCUUCCGGCGAUACCUGCGGGAGGCCCGGGCCGUGUGCGCAGAGUCCUGGGCCCGCUUCCAGCCCGUCUGCAUGGUGGCCGGCUGUGCCCUCCUGGCCUCUUCCUGCCUGCUGUGCUGGCUGGCCUCCCGGGCCCCGGCCUCCGCCUCGAGCACCUCCUUUCGGCACCUCCUCUUCUACCCUCUGCU